AUGUCAUUAGAGGAUGUAGUUAAGUUUAUGGCUGCUAACAUGGUGAAAUUUCAACAGGAAACUCAAGCGAGUAUUCAGGACCUUCAAGCCACCAUUGGCCAAUUAGCAAACAAAGGUAAAUUACCGUCUCAAAUGGAGAUGAAUCCGAAGGCAAAUGUGAGUGCUGUCACUUUGAGAAAUGGAAAGGAGCUUCAAGAGGUUGGAAAGAAGAAGAAAGAAAAGGUUCACGAGGAAAAAGAAGAGUUAGAGGUCAAGACAUCCAUUUCGGGAGCAAAGGAUGUCAAAGAAGAGGAGGCAAAGAAGAAGACACCUGAAGUGAUAGUUCAAGCACCGCCAUUCCUGAGCCAGUUUGAGAAGACAAAGUGGAAGAGCAAAGAGAAGGAGAUCCUUAACACAUUCCGGAAAGUUCAUGUAAACAUCCCUUUACUAGAUACAAUUAAGCAAGUUCCUAGAUAUGCUCAGUUUUUGAAAGAGUUUUGUACAAAUAAAAGGAAACUAAAGGGUAAUGAAAAGAUAAGUAUGAGUCAAAAUGUGUCUGCUGUUUUGCAAAAACAGUUACCACCAAAGUGUAAAGACCCGGGCAUGGCCCCUCAAGCCACCGGUGUCGUAAUCCAACUAGUGGAUAGGUCUAUUGUCUACCCUAAAGGGGUAUUAGAGGACAUGCUAGUUCAAGUGAAUGAAUUGGUCUUUUCGGUAGAUUUUUAUGUUAUAGAUAUGGAGAAGAAAAAUGCCUCCAAGGCUGGUAUGCUUUUGCUAGGUAGACCAUUUUUGAAAACCUCUAAGACUAAGAUAGACGUCCUUAGUGGUAGUUUGACCAUGGAAUUCGAUGGCGAGAUGAUUAAAUUUAAUAUAUAUGAUGCCAUGCGAUAUCCGAGUGAUGUUUCAUCAUUACGCUUUGUUGAUAUUAUCGAGUCUUUAUCUGAUACUAUGUUUGAUCUAUCUAAUCGGGAUGCGUUAGAAGUGAUUCUAGACAGGGAUUUAAUGAGUGGAAGUUUGAAGAAGCUUGCCCAAGAGUACAAGCUUGAUGAUGAUUUUGCAGAAUUGGUGUAUUGGAUGGAGAAAGGGCGAGCACCCGAGCUAGAGUUGAAGAUGCUACCACAUCAUCUGAAGUACGCCAACGUGGGAGAUAAAGAGACCCUUCCGAUGAUCACAUCCGCCACAUUAUCAUCAAAGGAAGAAAGAGAGCUUGUGGAUGUUUUGAAGGAGCACAAGAGGCGAUUGGAUGAACCAUCACCGACAUCAAGGGCCUUAGUCCCUCACUUUGCCAUCACAAGAUUCUAUUAG